AUGUCUUCAACGAGACAGUAUUUCCCGAUCAGGGAUUACUUUUCCGCCCCGAGUCAAAGGUUGGGAGAUACAGAUGAUGAGAAGCCGAGAGAGAGCCCGUUCCCACGAUAUCUCGAUCUGAUUCCUCCCGCCUGGAAGGCUGUGCUUGUUGGUGUCGUGGUGGUAGCGAUGAUUGGAAUUGGUGUCUUUGCAACGAAAACUAUGAGCGUUGCAUCUUCAAAAACGGCUCACACCAACCCUUGCGGAAACUCGACAGCUGAAGCCCUCGCUCUCGGUUGCUCCUUCGAUCGUUUAACGUGGUCCUGGUAUCCUGCGCAUUGUCCGCAUUACACCGAGGACCUCUUUCGCCUGGCCGAGCCCUACAAAUACUACGAAACGCUGGAAAGCAUCCAACCGAUCAGUGACCCCGCCAGAGACGAAGACCUCUUCAAGUUCAUCGAUAAACAAGGUGGUGUGUGGGUUGAGAAGCGAGAGCAUGCCACACAUUGUCUGUACCUUUUGCUUGCCCAGGCACAGGUCCUCAAAUAUAAAACAAGACAUGUGCCCAUCCUCGUCGAAUAUUUCCACAUGGAGCACUGCGUCAAUUACCUGUUGGAUAUACUCCGGAGGAGCGACGAUUGGCACCACAAGGACUCCUUCACGCCUCCUGUUCACCACGAUCAGACUUGUUAG